CAGCGGCAACCGCGCGAGCGCGCGCACGUUGCAACGCCGUCCGCGCCAGCGAACGUCGAGCCCGCCUUCUGAAUCUCUACGGCGCGCGUGUCCCGCUGCGGAAGGCCCGAGUCCCCCCCACGCGGCAAAACAAAAACCGGAGCACGCGCGGCGGGCCGUCGGGAAUGAACGGACACCGCGGCCAGGCGCACGACCUGCUACGAUCUCGCAGCACCAUGCGCGCAGACACGCAUCAGCAACAGGCCACGGACCUGGGACCGCGAAGGCGUCACGGCGGUAGCAGCGGAAACUCGAGCGGGCCUGCCCCCGCGGCGGCGCGGAGGCCCACGUGCGCCCGGUGCCGCAACCACGGGCUCCGGAUUCCCGUCAAGGGCCACAAGCGCUACUGCCGGUUCCGGGACUGCCACAGCCCCAAGUGCAGCCUGACCGUGGAGCGGCAGAAAGUGAUGGCGGCGCAGGUCGCCCUGCGAAGGGCUCAGGCGCAGGACGAGGCCAUGGGGCGCGUGCCGCCCGACGAAGACGAGGAGCCCGUUCUGCCGUCGGACGUUGGAGGCCUGCCCGGCACGGCGCCGAUCGGGGCCCUGGCCGUGUCCACCAACUCAGCCUUCAGGGCCGCCCCCGGAGCGAGCCCGAUGGACCUGCAGAAGCUGGGGCUGAGCGAGGCGGCGCUCUUCAGCGGGCCCCUGUACGGCAGCUACCCGUCGUCGCUGUUCCUGCAGAGCUUGACGGCAUCACCGCUCAUGUACCAGAUGCUGAGCACCAUCCCGUACCCGUGCCCUCCCCCGCCGCCCUACUCGUACCGCUCCACCUGCUACCCGUACCCUGUGGCCAGCAGCUCGCCGCCGGGCGCCGCGGCCUCGGCCGUCUACGCCCCGCACCUCCUCGGCGCACAGAGCGCAGGGACGGCCGUAACUUCGGGGUCGGCGUCGGCGUCUUGUGCGUCCAGGAGUCCCGAGCUGGCGGUGGCCGACGUGGCAUCGAACGCGCCUGUCUUCGGCGGCGUCUUCCGGCCCGUGGCUCUGAUGACGGCACGGCAAGCCCCGCCCCCACCGCCCUUGUCGGCGACGCCUCCCAACGACGAGUCGAGCGACCUGUCGGAAAACGAGCGGCUCGGCGGGCCCAAGGAGGCAGCGCUGGUCGCUGCUGAGGCCACCGGGGUUGCGGUGCCUCUCAGCUUCGCCCGGCCGCACCCGAGGGACGUCCGCUGAGCCUCAAGCCCGGGACCCCCGCGAGCGCCGCCGUGCGAACCAAGACGCGCGCUCAGGUGUCCACAUCGCGGCAUUUGGGAGCCCUGGAAGCAUGUCUCCCGGAUGCCUGCCCUGGCUGAUGGGGUGAUAGUAGCAAGCGCCCACAAGACAAGCUGCAUCUGCAUCUACAAGUUCUUCACGAGGCCUCUAAGCUGGUAGCGAGUGUGCGGGGGAGUGCUCCCAUCUGGUGAUUUCCAUGAGACUCACAUCACCUGGCCGCACCUCUUUUCGACCAGAUCGAACGUGGACAGCUGUUCUAUGUGGACACAUUAUUCACGGUCGACAAAGAGUUUGUUCAGUUGUGUGCCGAAAUGUUCAUCGGUGAUUUUUGAUGUCACAAGUAGUCCUUGUCAGCGUAACCUUUUCUUCUUUAGUUUGCACGGCUGGCUGUCCAUCCUCGCGGAGGGAGGCCAGUCACUCGCAGAAAUGUGUGUUUUAACGUGCGACAACUUAAAACGAUGUACAGUGAUCGGGAGCAUAUGGGCACCGGAACGUGCAUGCCCAUGAACGUGGUUUAGAACGGUGGUUUAUAGACACGCCCGAAACUAAGCAAGGAUAUGUAGAGUUUUCGCGUGUAUACGAAUAGAGUUGAACGAGUUUUGAUACGACAACAGGUAGUCGAAAAAAAGUCGGAAGUCCUAGCGCAACCUUUAUAAAUGCAGAAGAGCUUGCUCAAGACUUAGUGGUAAAAAAAAAAAAUCGGUAUUAGGGAGUUUUAGCUUGGCGUUAUUGCAGUGCCGUUACCGGCCCGCCGAAACCGGUCCAGAAACAUACCGCGAAAAAAAUGUUUCAGCGAACCGUCAAAAAAUACCGCAACCUUUUUUUCUUUUGGCAGUGCGGUAUAAACGGUUGGAUUGAACGUUUACUUCGCUGUACAUUUUCGUCCCAUUUUUGACCGAUGGUAACGGUAUUGCGAUGACGCUACGCUAAUAUUUCGUUUUACCUGACGGGCAGACUGGCACUUUAGCUCGUGCCGUGUUGGUUGCAAGAUAACUAGUUUUGUAUUGUCGCGCUCAACAAUUAACCAAAAAAAGAAUGUUAUAAAAGAGAUGCUGGAACGGCGCAAGCAGGAGAUGCGCCCUUAUGUUGGCGCUAGCUGCGCGCAAUGCGUGGAAGCAAAAUAUCUGCCGGAAGUGUGCUUGCUAAAGACUGCCUUAUCGAUUGCAUAAAGGACGUACCGUAAAAUACCGCGGAAACGUCCGCUUCGUUCAAGGGCCCGCUAUUACCAUUUCCCAAUCUUGGGAAUUCUGCAAAUUAUACAAUAAAUUCCCGAUAUGA